AUGAUGGUCAACGAAGCACCUUACCUCACGAAUCGUAUGGUGCUGCUGCUGAUGUUGGCCGUCUUCGUCCUGUGCCUCUGUGCAGAUCGGCUCCAGUGCCAGAACAACGGGUGGCGAUCCAUGUGCAUCGGCAGACUUGCCUACAGGUGCUCAAGUGAAUGGUGCCGAUCAUCUGUUAUUACACCGACAAGCGUUUCACUGGCGAGCUCGUGUGCAGGCAAGGGCAACGCGGUUGUGUUGAUAGCGCUGGUAGAGGUGGGCCCAUCUGUGGUGUCGAGGAGAGGCGAGAGUAUUAGCAAGUACAUGGCAGACGAGCUGCGUAGGCAGAUUGACGCUGGCGAGUUUCAGCGUGCGGUGCGGCUAACCUUUGCUGCACCCCACCUCGUACCAGACAACACAGGAGACGAUGCGCGGACAAGCCUCACGGAGCUGUUCAGGGAGAAAGCAUCAUUGCGGGCGAUCUUCGAUGUCCCUCGAAAUCAGACGCGCUACGUGGUGGUGAACGAUGUUGUGCCGCUUCCCGCGGUGGAUGGGCUAGGCGGCUUCAACUACACCACCUGGGAGGAGGCGGUCGAUGCGGCAUUGCCGGUAAGCAAGGUGGAUGAUGCUUCACAGCUGCCGCGCUACUUUCCCAACCUGUACGCCAAGGUGGCUGUGUUGAGUAAUGAGCGCGCCGCCAGGGCAGCGCCGCCUUCGUCGAAGCAGUGCGAUGCGCUGAUAGUCGUGGUGUGCACCAUUGCCCAUCCGCUGGCGAGCGUGCGCAGCGUGUGGCAGACACCCCGGAAUGCUGGAGCGCAGCUCUCUCUCGGACACGACUACGUGCGGGGCGCCGUCACGCGCUACGUGAUGACGUGUCGGAAGUUUCUGAGGAAUGUGCACGGGGUGUACUACCUCCAAUACGAGUCCCGGCUGCCCGCGUGGACUUUCACAGCGGAGAUGCUGGGAGGCCCGGGUGAGGAGCCCUCCAUGAUUGCGGCAACCAAUGCAACGGCGGAAGGGGUCCCGGCACUCAGUAACACUUCUUCUUUGGCUGCCGCGUUCUGCACCCCUGCCAACGCCACCGCUCCGUCCGCGCUCCUGCAGCCGUGCGAACGGGCCUGUCAGAUAUACGGCCGCAUCGCAUCGGAUCUCGUUGCCAGUGACCGUAGUAUCUCCAGUAGGUCCUUUGAGAAGCACCCCCAGUUCAGUUCUUUCUCGGCCACCUACAACUGCUACUACGAAGUGCUCUCCGCGCAGGGGGCGGCUGCGAUCAACGGCACCUUUGACGCCAAGACGGUGUCGCGCCUGUUCGAUGACUGUCUGCACCUCUCACCAGUGGGCAGUAGGGCUUACGCGAGGUGUUUGCUUCGCAGAUAG